AUGACUAUCAAGAUUUAUGGAGUUCCAAUUUCCACAUGCACUGCUCGUGCGACGGCCUGCCUCUAUGAGAAAGGAGUAGAUUUUGAGCUUGUUCCGGUUAAUUUUUUCGGAGGGGAACACAAACAGCCUGCUUUUCUAUCUAAGAAUCCCUUUGGUCAGAUUCCAGCGCUGGAAGAUGGUGAUCUCACUCUUUUUGAAUCUAGAGCAAUUACAGCAUAUGUGGCUGAGAAAUUCAAGGAAACAGGAACUGAUCUCAUUAGGCACAACAACCUCAAAGAAGCUGCUUUGGUUAAGGUGUGGAUACAGGUGGAAUCCCAGAGUUUCGACCCUGCAAUCACUCCCAUUGUCUUGGAAUAUGUUUUAGCGCCUAUGAAAGGCAAAACUGCAGACCAAGCGGUCAUCGAUGCCAACUUGGUGAAGCUAGAAAAAGUGCUUGAUGUGUAUGAGUCUAGGCUGAGUAGCACCAAGUACUUGGCUGGUGAUUUCUAUAGCCUGGCUGACUUGCACCACUAUCCUUACACUCACUAUUUCAUGACGACACCAUGGGCCUCGUUGGUGAAUGACCGUCCCCAUGUUAAGGCAUGGUGGGAGGACAUUUCUUCUAGGCCUUCUUACAAGAAAAUGGCUGAGGCUAUCACUUCUGGUUAA